CAUUCGGGCUACCGCGUAACAAACCGACCCAGAUUACUCAAAGCGGGGCUCCCGACUGUUUGAGCAAUCGGGCUGAAGAUUUGGCUUACGACGGUGCACGAAAUGGCCUCCCCUGUGGUAACACCUGAAUGGCUCUCAAGUCAAAUAGAGGCCAGACACAAAGAUUUAAGAAUUUUUGAUACAACCAUUGGACCUUCUGGGCCAUCUAUCGAUGAAUUUAUGAGUGCGCAUAUAGAAGGAGCACAGUUUUUCAACGUAAAAAAGAAUGCCCCCUUCACUCAAUACCUCCCUUUGGGUUUACCGGAUCCGGCAGAUUUUCAAGAUUACGUGAGAUCACUCGGCAUCAACGCAUCCAGUCACGUCAUCCUGUACGAAAACGUUGAGCAUUACGGAUUUGCAGCAUCUCGAGCAUGGUGGCUGUUAAGAGUUCAUGGUAUAACGAAUGUGUCGCUUUUGAGUGGGGGACUGGGCAGAUGGAAGAAGGAGGGUCACCCAGUCACAGAUAAGCAGGUCGACUAUGAGAAAGGUGACGUGACGGUCAAGGUCAACAAAAGCCUAGUAAUGCUCUACGAUGACAUCAAACCCGGAGAUGGUCGACAGUUCGUGGACACGCGACAUGCCGACCAUUUUAACGGCAAAGAGAAAGAGCCUUCAGCAUAUCAAACGAUGCGCAUGGAAUUAUUAGGACUGAAAUCUGAUGGCCUGGCGUUUCAGACCGGUCACAUUGCUGGAGCCGUCAACAUCCACUACACCUCUUUGUACCAGGACGACACCAUCUCGUUUAAGGGGAAGGACGAGCUUCUAAAAGUGUUUCAGUGUGCUGGGGUCAAGCUGGACAGGCCCAUGUCGUCCACGUGUUAUAUCGGCUUCACAGCCUGUGCCCUGGUCCUGGCCGCCUGUGUUUGUGGGAAGGAUGACGUCAGUGUCUACUAUGGUUCCUGGACUGAGUACGGACAAAGAGCACCUGACGCCAGCGUGGAGUGCUAGCUUUCAAAACGUACCCAGUGACAACACGGUCCUUCCUCGUUUGUGAAAGACCCUGGUAUCUGCUGCUGCUGCAUGAUGUCACGUAACAUCAACUACAAUUAAAGUAAUUCCAGAGUCCUAAAUAGCAGUCAUUUAAGCGUGGUAUGAACCAUACGACUCAACAUUUGACAGGAACAUUCUGUUCAGGUUGGAACACACUGAUUGCUGUAAUACGAAUAUAAACUGUCUGGCAAAAGAAAGAAUACACUUGAAAAUUGGAUUUGACCAAAACAGUACAAACGUUAUCAAAACGUUACUAGGCUGAAAACAGUCGCCGAAACACUAUAAUCUUAGGAUCCAAUAUUGACUAUGUAACUUGUGUCAAAUACAUCACCAUCGAAUAAACAUUUCUUUUUUGUUUCAUUUUUAGACAAACGGAUAAAUAUGUGUGUAUACGUUCUGUUGCUCGGCACUUUAGUGUGAGUUAUUUUAAUUGAACUGACGUAUUACCGGCUUCAGUUCAAGUUGAAAUAAACGUAGGUUCACAUUUU